GUUGGAGUGUUUAUAUAUUGAGCUGCUGUGUUAACGUUCCUUCCUUUACUGUGGUGAAGUCCAACUGGUCUGACACAUUGCAAACCUGAAGAUGGCUGCUUUAAGAAACAGGGUUUUUGUUAUCGGAGUGGGAAUGACGAAGUUUGAAAAGCCUGGUGCAAGAGACAUUGAUUAUCCAGACAUGGCCAAAGAAGCAGGGCAGAGAGCGCUGGCCGAUGCUGGAAUCAAGUACAGUGCCAUUCAGCAAGCAUGUGUGGGCUAUGUAUAUGGUGACUCCACGUGUGGCCAAAGGGCUAUCUAUCACAGUCUGGGUCUGUCAGGAAUUCCCAUAAUUAAUGUCAACAAUAACUGCUCUACUGGUUCCACUGCACUGUUUAUGGGUCGUCAGCUCAUUCAGGGAGGUUUGGCUGACUGUGUCCUUGCCUUGGGCUUUGAGAAAAUGGAAAGAGGCUCACUGUCCUCAAAGUACAUGGACAGAACCAACCCUAUGGACAAGCACAUGGAGGUAAUGAUCAACCGUUAUGGGUUGGCGGCGGUACCGGCUGCACCUCAGAUGUUUGGCAACGCUGGCAGAGAACACAUGGAGAAGUACGGUACAAAACCAGAGCAUUUUGCCAAAGUUGCUUGGAAGAACCACAAGCAUUCCACCAAUAACCCAUACUCUCAGUUCCAGGAUGAAUAUAGUCUGGAGCAGGUCAUUGACUCCAGGAAGGUCUUUGAGUUCCUCACGCUCUUGCAGUGCUGCCCGACGUCAGACGGAGCAGGCGCUGCAGUGCUGGCCAGUGAGUCGUUUGUAAGAAGGAACGGACUAGAAAAAAAGGCGGUAGAGAUCGUAGCACAAGAAAUGGUCACAGACCUCUCCACCACCUUUGAGGAAAACAGCUGUAUGAAAAUGGUUGGUUAUGACAUGACCCGUCUCGCAGCUGAGAGGUGUUAUGACACCGCUGGCGUGAAGCCGUCAGAUGUGGACGUGAUCGAGCUGCACGACUGCUUCUCUGCCAAUGAGCUGAUCACCUAUGAAGCGCUGGGGCUCUGUCCUGAGGGCAAAGCCGGGGAGCUGAUUGAUCGGGGUGAUAACACAUAUGGUGGCAAGUGGGUGAUAAAUCCCAGUGGAGGACUCAUCUCUAAAGGACACCCACUCGGAGCUACAGGUCUGGCUCAGUGUGCGGAGCUGUGUUGGCAGCUGAGGGCCGAGGCGGGGCCCCGACAGGUCCCCGGGGCAAAGCUCGCCCUGCAGCACAACAUCGGCCUCGGUGGAGCCGUGGUAGUCACACUCUACAAGAUGGGCUUCCCUCAGGAAACAAGCUCUAGGAUAGCAGCGGUGUCCACCAGCGCCUCCAGUGACCGCUCGGGGUUCAAAGCUCACACCGUCUUCAAGGAGAUCGAGAAGAAGUUGCAGGAGGAAGGUGAAGCAUAUGUAAAGAAAAUUGGCGGUGUUUUUGCAUUCAAAGUGAAAGAUGGUCCCGGUGGAAGUGAUGCAUUAUGGGUGGUGGAUGUGAAGAAUGGCAAAGGCUCUGUUUCUAGUGACGCAGGUAAAAAGGCAGACUGCACUAUCGCUAUGGCUGACGCAGAUCUGCUGGAUAUGAUGACAGGGCAGCUCAAUCCACAAACGGCAUUUUUCCAAGGAAAGCUAAAGAUCACCGGGAAUAUGGGGAUGGCCAUGAAACUUCAAAACCUUCAGCUGACGCCCGGAAAAGCCAAACUGUGAAACCACAGCUCCCAACAAACAGGAAAAUGGCACAAACAACUAAUUUCUACAUUUCUGUUUAACAUAUCACACAAUAACAAGAGGUCUAUUGGUCACUCCAUAAAUGUAACAGCAAAAAACACACUUGAAAAAGCAUGUCAAGCAUAAUCCAGUACAAAAAAGUAAGCUUGUUACUAGCAUAUUAAUGAUAAUGUGACUGUUAUGGAGCAUAAUUGAAAUAACAAUGUGUUGCCAUUACAAUAUUUAUAAGUAUUAAUCAGGCAGAAUAAGAAAUAUGUCUACUUAAACUAAUGUUACAGCAGUGACCUUCCUCAAAUCAGCAUUGAUCAAGUGUGAUUGGUUUAAAAGCACUGAAGCGUUAAUGAUGUGUCCGUUAAUAAGCGAUUGAUAUCCGGUUAUCACGCCUGCAUCGACUUACUUUGGACUUUUAAGUGAUUCUAGAAAAGUCGAUAUAAAUCAGAAUCAAGCUUUGAUAUUAUCAGAUGCUGAUAUUGAAUCUUUAAAGACCGGAGAACAGGGCGUCGAGUGUACAAUACUGUAAUUUAAAAAGUAUUUUUGGUAUUAAUCAAGUGAUUUCUAAUAAAUAUUCCGUUUACCUCAAAA